AUGGAAUUUCGACAGAGUGAAAUGGAUGCAGUGUUACUCGCAGGUGACUUACAAUAUGUUGGUGGUUUGCCAAACGAACUUUUUAACGGAGAUAUCCCAGUUUUAGCACUAGGCGGGAUGUUUAAUACAAAUGUAAUCGCCGACGUUGAUAGUGACACCAAAUGCCGAUCAUCUUUCUCGCCUCCGCAAACAACUAAACGAAAUGAGGAUUGUUUGCCUCCACUCUUUAGUCUAGAACAGAUGUCUACGACCCCUAACAACCACAGUCUCUCUUACCUGGAUUCAAAUGUAAUCUCAGUACUUCAUCAUCUCCGCUGGACAGAACAAAUAAUCCUGUAUGAAAAAACAAUUGAGUUUAACGUCGAUAGAAUCAUCCGGAUAUUGUCACGCGAGGGUCGAUUUGUAGUUACCUACGAGGUUAGCAGUAUGGAUAAAGAUCAGAUUCAUCUAUUGCUGCAGACACUUGAUGAAUCACAAGAUUACGAGAAAAUCAACAUUACCGUCAUUGGUCACACCAAAUAUGUCGAGAAAGUGUUGUUCACAGUAAGUACGGAGCGUUGA